CCGACUGGCUGCUCGGAGCUGAGCCGUCACGGAGACAGAGCAACAACACAAGCGUCUUCCACAGUGUGGAGACGGGUCGGCCAUAAAAGGAGGACUCGUGCACGGAUGGUCGGUCAUACCCUUUACAGUUGGGUUUGGAAAGUGGUGUUCGACAGAGGCGUUGGAUUGGAGGGGGACGGAGAGUUUGUCCAAACUGGGUUCACUGGAUUCAGGGACUCUGACGUCGCAGCUCAGGGUUUUUGCUUCAGGAGUUUUGGAAACUGAACAAAGUUCUUUCAGAUGCAAACUCAAACGGGGGGAGUCGGGUGUUUUCUUCAGUUUAACAAGUCGUCUUGUUCAUUUCUGAUGAAAGUCAUGACAUCAUCGAAAGAAUCUCAGUAUAUCUGCUCUAUUCUCACCUCCAGUAUUAAUACUAAUACUAUUAAUCUGAUGUUAGAUGAACCUAACAAACUGGUAUCUGGGUAUGACUCAUAGAUUUUAAGUAAAGAUGGUCUCAGUCUCAGCUGUCAAUCAUGAUGUUUCACUAUGUUUUAAUAUCAUCAAAUAGUUCAAACCGAAAUUACAAGAAAAAAAACACUUGAACAAUCCUCAGUGUGAGAUAGUUUAUUCAACCCGUAAUUUUUACAUUGAUCCAUGUCCCAUCCACCGACAUGGAGGAGGCAGAGCGUAUGGCCUAGCUGCAGCCACCAGGGGGCGAUCAAGGUGAUAUCUGUAUCUGACCACGGUCUCUCAUGCUUCCCUCCUCAGCGCGGUCCUCCACCACCACCAUGGUCAUCGACAGUAAGAGCGGCGACGCCGGCUCGCAGUCUCGACGGACGCCAAAGAAAACGUUCACAGAGGACGUGUCCUCCACCUUCAGCUCCCCGCUGGCCUGGAUCCUAGUCCUGGCCCUCGUCAUCACCUGGUCCUGUGUCUUCAUCAUCAUGUUCGAUCUGAUGGACUACAAGACUCUCUCAGGAGGCCUCACCAAGAUCAGCUCCGACCCCAUGAAGGUGGUGAACGAUGUGGUGGAGGAAUCGACAAACGUGAUCAGCUUGAUGUUCAAAUUUGCCGCCAACCUGAUCGCCCCGGAGGAAGAUGAAGGGAAUCUGUACGCCGUGAGAAAAAAAGGAGAAUUUUUGCCAUCUCGGAGUAAAGUUGUAGGGAUGCAAGCAAAGACGAAACCACCAGUGGUGGACGCUGUGGAGGAAGAGGAGGAGGGAGAUGAAGAGGAGGCUGCUAAGGAGGAGGAGGAUGAAGGAGAUGCAGAAGAGGGGGAAGAACUAGAGGAGUAUGAAGAGGAGUAUGAAGAGUAUGAUGAGUAUGAUGAGGAAUAUGAGGAAUAUGAGGACGAGGAAGAGUAUGAUGAGGAGGAGGAAGAAUAUGAGGAGGAGGAAUAUGAGGAGGAGGAAGAGUAUGAGGAGGAGGAGGAAGCUGAAGGAGAAGAGGAGGCAGGGGUAAUUGAAGACGAUGACGAAGAGGGAGCAGAAGUUGUGGGGGAGGUGGAGGAAGAGGAGGAGGAGGAAGAAGAAGAUGAAGAGGAGGGAGCAGAAGUCGUGGAGGAGAUGGAGGAAGAGGAAGAGGAGGAAGAAGAAGAUGAAGAGGAGGGAACAGCAGCGGUGGAGGAGAUGGAGGAAGAGGAGGAGGAGGAAGAAGAAGAUGAAGAGGAGGGAACAGCAUUGGUGGAGGAGGAAGAGGAUGAAGAAGACGAAGAGCAGGGAGCAGAAGCGGUGGUGGGAGAUGAGAUAGAGGAAGAGGAGGGACAAGAAGUGGAGGACAAGGUGGGGGAGGAGGAAGAGGAGAAGGAGGAGGAAGAAGGACCUGCAGAGGAAGAACAAGAGGAGGAGAAGAAAGAUGAAGCAGCUGUGGAUGAAGAGGAGGAUGUGGCAGAGGAAGAGGAGAAGGGGGUAGCUGCUGAGGUGGAGCAAGAUGAUGAAGAUGAUGAUGAGGAUGAGAAGGAACCUGAAGCAGCUGUGGCAGACAUCGAUGAAGGUGAAGUCAAAGAAGAGGCUGCAGAAGAAGAGGAAGACAAUGAAGAUGAUGAGGUAGAGGAAGAGAAGAUAGAUGCUUCUGAUGAAGAUGAUGAAGAAGAGUCUGCAGCUGCUGAUGAUGAAGAUGACGAUGAUGAAGUUUCUCCUGAACCUAGUCCCACCUCGGAGGAUGAAGAGUCGGCCGUGUCUCCCGACUCAGACGCACCUGUUGAUGUCAAAGACACCGAUGAAGAUGUGACUCUGCCUGAAGUCGAUGAUGAAGACCAUGAACUUAAAGAUGAAGGCGACAAAGAUGAUGGAGAAGACGAAGAUGAUGAAGACGACGAAGAUGAUGCCUUCAUCGACAGCUCAGACCUCAGUGAAUCUGCACUUCUCUCGAGUGAUGAGGAGGCAGAGGAGGAUGGUGACGAUGAUGAUGAUGAAGAUGACAAACUAGCUGAGGGUGUUGCAACAUCUGACAGCGAGGAAGACUACCUGAAGCUUGAUCUUCCUCCUGUCGCCGCAGUUAGUGAGGAUGAUGAAGAUGAUGAAAUUGAGGAUCAUAAACUCCCGGAACUCGAGAAUCUUCUUCUUCUGGCCGCUCUUGAAGAUGACGAUGAAGACCUGAAGGAAACUGAUGAGGAUGAUGAUGAAGAUCUGGAAGACGUCUCGGUUGCCUCCUCUGAGCACUUUGCAGAUGAUGAAGAUGACGAUGAAGACAGUGACAUCAGAGACGAUGACCUUGACAUUGACUUUGACAAAGACGUCCACGUUGAGCUCGACGCUGAAGAGGAUGAAGAUGAUCAUCACAAAACCGAUGAUGAUGAAGAGGAUGAUGAUAAAGACGAGGAGGAAGUUGAAGUCGCUCCCUUGGAGAGCACAGACAGUGGAGUCCUAGGUGAUGAUGAUGAUGAUGAUGCUCUGGAAACAGAUGAAGAGUCUGUCGGAGAGACUGUCUUCAGCGAUGACAUCACCUAUGGCACAAGUGAUGAAGAGGACGUGGACGAUAAAGACGACGAUGAAGAUAUUGAUUCCAGCUCGUUUGAGUUCAGGCUCGAUCAAGAAUCAAUUAUAGAAACAUUCAUUUACACAGAAAAAGAUGAAGACGAGGUCAUAUCAGAGUUUUUAGCUGGUGAGGAAGAAGACAACGAUGAUGGUGAUGAUGAGGAGAAGGACGAUGAUGAAGAUGACGACAUCCUGCUCACAGCCCCCACUGCAGCGGCGUCCUUUGUCCAGGAGGAGGCAGUAAAGACUGAGGUGGAUGAGGAAGAGGAGCAGCUCCGUCAGGCUGGUGAUGAAGAUGAGGCUGAGGAGGAGGACACAGAGGAAACUGCCUCGGUCACCAGUCAGCCGGCUGCUCCCGUCGAGGAAGACGAGGGAGGAGACGAAGAGCCGCCGGCCGAAACACAGAGAUCUGUGGAUGAGGCUGAAGAUGAGAAAGAGGAGUACGAUGAAGAUGACGAUGAGGAGCGGGCGGCGGUGGAGGUGAUCAGACCUUUGCCUGAACCGGAGGAGGAGGCGACGAAGAGUGAAGCCCCAGAUUGUCCAUGUUUACAUUCUGCUAAAACCAAAGAGUCCAGCACCAAGAUGGCAGAUAAAAAAGAGGCUCCGAGGAGGGUUUCAGCCACGAGGAGGAAAAAGGUUUCAGACCGUGAAGCUGUGAAAACAGACGGCAAACCAAAAAGAAAAGCUCUUCCCAGAAUAGUGAGUCUGCCGCCGAGGAUCAGGAAGAUCAGGAGGAUCCCGGCUCUUCUCAGAGGUACGAGGGCAGAGGGUCAAAUAUACAAAGCCAAGAAAGUAGAGAAGACCAAAACUUCCAAACCAGCGACAGAGACAGUGACCAAAAGACAAGAGGACGUCCCCGAAUCUGGACAAGAAGUCGGCCCCUGCAGACCUGCACCCGUCUACUGCCCGUCCCCCCCCGGCUGGUACGUUCACCACAUCGUCACAGACAACCCGUAUCCCCCCCCCACCAUGCCAGCUCCGUCUGCUCCGGUGCUCACCGUCCAUCCCGGAGCGCCGCCCAUGCAGCCGCUCUACCAUCAACCACCCCCCCCACUGAUGCAGUAUCAACCGUAUCCACCGCCGCUGCAGCCGGUGAUGCAGCCGGUGAUGCAGCCGGUGAUGCAGCCGCCGCCCGAAGCAGCGCAGCCGGCUGAAGCUGCGGCGCCAGAGGCCCCAGAGCAGGAGGCCCCGGUUCAGCCGGAGGUCAAGGCUCCAGCUGCCGAAGCUCCGCCGGCGGCACCUCGGCUCCACGAGCCUGCAGCUGUUCGUCCGAAGAGGAAAUCAUCCUCUGAAAAGACGGCGUCUCCUGUCAAGAGCAAAGCCAAGACAGCUCCUGUGAAGAAAGAUCCGGAGCCGCGUCCACAUCCGAUCAGACUGAGAACGAGACUCGACGCCGUCAAGAGGGCGAACGUGACGUCUCCGACCAAAGAGGAGAAACCGUCCAGACCUUCGUCCUCUGAACCAGCCAAGAUGAAGUCAGAAACCUCGGCAGAGAGGAAAGGCAAAGCUGAAAAGGCUGAGAAGAAAUCUGUCAAAGAGGCUCAAGGUAUCAGAUCACGUCUGGAUUCACAUCUAGAAGAAGAAGAAUCUAACUGACACUGAUCAAUGUCUCUUUUUGUGACUCCUUUCAAAAUUUAGACAAAGGGAAACAACCGUCAGA